UCUGCGUAGGCUGCGCGGCCGCAGUCCUUCCGCGAGGGAGAGGGUGCGCGCGCAGCGCCUUCCGCCCAAGCGGAAGUUUUCGCGGGGCAACUGAGAAGGUGAGUCGCAGUUUCCCUGGCGGGUCCGAGGGUCUGGCUGCAAAUAUAUGUCUCCCCGCUCCGCUCACCAAAUCUAGAGGUGAGGGGAAGGAGAAGCGGAGCAGGGGGAGGUCUCCUGAUACCCUAGCCAGAGUUCGGUCGUGGUGCCUGUGACGUGAGCGCGACUCUUUGUGGGAGGCGGAGCCCCUGGGAGCGGGCGUCGGGGGUCGGGAUGAAAGAAGCUUCUGGUCUCCGAAAUAACCUGCCGGCUCCAAGUGUCCCCAGCUUCUUCGGGCUCUUGGUGAUAGGCGUGGCUACGACGGAGACGGGCAGAGCUAAUGGGGAGUUCGACAGACGCCCCGCCGUGGUACUACGUCAUCCCUGGUUUCCGCGGAGGACGGGGCCGAGGCGUAUCCCGUCACCUAGGUGAUUAGCCCUCCUGCCCUAAGUUAGAGUCUAAUCUUUAGCUCUUCCACGAGGGGCACAGUAUUUAACACAUAGCAGAUGUUCAGUAAAUGUUUGUUGAGUAAGUAAAGAAAAUGGGUGAAUGAAUGAUAAAGACUGGCCUGAGUGUUGGAGCCUUGGCUCUGAGUCCUGAGCUAGUCAUAUGACCUUGGACCGGUGACUUCAACACUGAGACUUCCUUGUUUCUUCCAUACAUAUUUAUUGAGAGUUUAGUAUAGCUGUACUUCCACGUGACGUAUUAAACAGUUGCUUACUUAUUUAUUAAACUUGUCUUCCCCCACUAGAAUGAGCUUUGUCGGGUCAGGAGUCUUGUUUGUUUCCUUUGCUGCUGUAUCCCCAGUAGUAGGCACAUAUUAGGAGUUCAGUGAAUAAUUUUUGUUUGUUUGUUUGUUUGGUUUUUUGCGCUACGCGGGCCUUUCUCUGUUGUGGCCUCUCCCGUUGCGGAGCACAGGCUCUGGACGCACAGGCUCAGCGGCCAUGGCUCACGGGCCCAGCCACUCCGCGGCAUGUGGGACCCUGCAUCGGCAGGCGGACUCUCAACCACUGCGCCACCAGGACACAGUUAAGAUGGAGUUUCCAGCCCAGUGAGUCUGAGGGCCAGACCGUGACCCCAUAAAGCAUGAUCUCCUGUCCAGACUGUGGCAAAGAUGUUGAAGCAACUUUCAAAUUCUGCCCCUACUGCGGAAAACCUCUGCCUACAGAGGAGCACGAGGGGUCCCAGACCUUUGUCAAGCCGUCUAUGUCAUCCUCCCAAGUCUUCCUUUCUCUAGGCUCAAAGAAAAGGAGGAACACCAGUUCUGAAAUAUCUCCCAAGAAAGUGAAAUGGCCCAGCUGUGCUUCCUCUCCCCCAUCAUCCCUUCUCUCAGAAGGGUGCUGGAGCAGAUCCCCAACCUCCCAGAGCAGCCCUCAGACAACCAGGCAGAGCCCUCAGGCACUGAAGCGGAGCCGGGUGACCACCUCGCUCAAGGCUUUGCCAGAGAGGACGGUGCUGAUAGACAAGAGUGGGCAGCACUGGAAGCUGAGCUGCCUCCAGAGCAGGGAUGGCCAGGGCAUUCUCUAUGAAGCUGAGCCCGACUCCACCUUUGCCUGCAAGUCAAGUCUCGGAAAACAAAGAUUCUCACUUAAACUAGAUGCCAAGGAUGGGCGCUUGUUCAACGAGCAGAACUUCUUCCAGCGGGCCGCCAAGCCUUUGCAAGUGAACAAGUGGAAAAAGCUGCACUCGACCCCCCAGCUGGCCAUCCCCACCUGCGUCGGUUUUGGCAUUCACCAGAACAAGUACAGGUUCUUGGUGUUCCCCAUCCUGGGGAGGAGCCUUCAGUCGAUCCUGGAUGACUACCCGAAGCAUGUGAUGUCAGUGAGGUCUGUGUUCCAGAUGGCCUGCCGGCUGCUGGAUGCCCUGGAGUUCCUCCAUGAGAAUGAGUAUGUUCACGGCAAUGUGACAGCUGAGAAUAUCUUUGUGAAUCCAGAGGACUUGUGCCAGGUGACCCUGGCAGGCUACGGCUUCACCUUCCGCUAUUCGCCAGGUGGCAGACCCGUGGAGUACAACGAAGGCAGCAGGACCCCACAUGAGGGGGACCUUGAGUUCAUUAGCAUGGACCUGCACAAGGGAUGUGGGCCCUCCCGCCGCGGUGACCUCCAGACCCUGGGCUACUGUCUGCUGAAGUGGCUCUAUGGGACCCUGCCAUGGACGAACUGCCUUCCCAACACCGAGGAUAUCAUGAAGCUGAAACAGAAGUUUCUUGACAACCCAGAAGGCCUCGUGAGACAGCGCAGUCGCUGGAUCAAUACCUCAGGACCACCUAGGCUCUGGCUGAGAAAAUGACCAACCAUCUAGAGACUAUAUUUCCCAGGCUACUUUGCAGGGUACCCCACAACUGUGCCGCAGCCAUCCAGCCCCUUUUGGUGUCACCCUUUUCAGUGACAAGGCCCACGUGGAGCUCGCACCUUUGGCUAUUCUCUCUUUUCCCUGUCUACGUAAGUAACAAAUGGAAGCUAAAGUGGGUCUUGUACAUUUACCAGUUCAAUCAGUCCCAUCUUGGCCUUGACUGUGUGUCGGUGUGUGUGCUUGACCGUAAGUAUUAUGUUAUUUCCAUUAUUAUCAUUAUCGUCUUUGGUCUAAGACUGCCCUCAAGCAACUUCUCCUCUCAAAGACAAGACGCACAGCCAGAGGAAAUUCUUCAUUUUAUUUCCACUCACAACCCCCAGAAAGGAUCAGUCCCCGCCCUCCCUCACCUAGAGGCAGCCCCUCCCCCAACACCUUCACAAAACACUGAUUUCCUCCCAGACCUAAAAGGAACACCCAGUCACCCAUUAUGGCCAUUCCCCCCCACCCACCCACCUACCCAGCUGCCCACUUAUCCACCUGCUCUGUGAACUCGGCCACCUUUUGGUUCCACCCCCAAAUGUAGUUCCCCAAGGUCACUUGGCUUAUUUUGCUUGUAUUCUAUGGGCAGCUUUCUUAAAGCCCUCCCUGACUUAGUCUCCAGAUGGCUUCCCUGCCCUCCUUUGCAUAGACGUUCUGCAGAGAUUCCUGGCUUCACUUCCCUGCUUGAGAGACCAGGUUUCCAAGCUCUCCCCUGCCCCCCCAAUUUCCCAUGGGCCUCUGUUCCUCAGCUGUUAGUUGAAGGGUAUAGAUGUUGACUAAGGCCAAACAUUCCAUGA